CUGUAGCUACCUAGUAGCUUCGACCCUGGAGCUAUCAAAUCGGAUCUUGGCCCUUGUUCUUGACAACCAAAACAAACAACGUACAACAUCUUAGUAUCUUCAACAUGAGCAAGUUCGGUGCCAUGAUCAUGGGCCCUGCGGGCGCGGGCAAGUCAACUUUCUGUGCCGCCCUAAUCACUCAUCUUAAUCUUAAUCGCCGUUCUGCCUUUUACAUCAACCUUGACCCUGCCGCCGAAUCAUUUGAGCAUGAACCAGAUCUUGACAUCAAAGAACUUAUUUCUCUCAAAGAUGCUAUGGAGGAGGUUGGCCUCGGACCUAACGGUGGCCUGAUCUAUUGCUUUGAGUUCCUCAUGGAGAACCUCGACUGGUUGACCGAAGCUCUCGACAGUCUGACCGAGGAAUAUCUCAUUAUCUUCGACAUGCCUGGUCAGAUCGAGUUAUACACACAUGUCCCUAUUCUACCGGCUCUGGUCAAAUUUCUGUCCCAGCCGGGCUCUCUUGACAUCCGCAUGGCCGCUGUCUAUCUCCUCGAAGCCACAUUCGUUGUCGAUCGAGCAAAGUUUUUCUCUGGUACCCUUAGUGCCAUGAGUGCCAUGCUCAUGCUCGAGGUGCCACACAUCAACAUCCUGUCCAAGAUGGAUCUCGUUAAGGGUCAAGUGAAGAAGAAGGAUCUCAAGCGCUUCCUCACACCUGAUGUGGGUCUGCUCGACGAUGACCCCAUCGAGCGUGCGCGUCGUGUUACAGAGGGUCCUGAAGCCGAAGAUGACGAGUCAAAGGCACCUGACGAGAAGGAACAAGUAAUGAAGGGUGCUAGUUUCCGACGACUCAACCGAGCUGUGGCUGGCUUGAUCGAGAGCUUCAGUAUGAUCAACUAUCUCAGGCUAGACGUGACCAACGAGGACAGCGUCGGUGCUAUUUUGAGCUACAUUGACGACUGCAUACAGUUCCACGAAGCUCAGGAUCCCAAAGAGCCCCAUGAUGAGGAAUUUGAGGAUCAUGACGACUAGUGUGGAUAUAAUGGCAAAUGGAGAACCUGAGAAAAGAGAAAUCUGUGGUAUCUUGAUAGUAGUAUUGCAUAGCGCCGGCGUUACUGAUUGCUUCUCAUGGUCUGAGAUUGAAUUGAGCUUGGACGUGAUGUGUCACAGUCUCGCUCUUUUUCCUAACCUGCCCCUUUCCACCUCUUUCGUGAU